CCGACAUUUUCAAAACGUCUGUUUGCGUCGUGACGCAUUUUGGCCUCGUUACUGCAGUUUCCCUCGUUGUACGACGACAUAGCCGCAGUUACGAAAAUAUUGCUAUUUAUCUAUUCCAAUUGAGAGUUGCUGGCCUUAUUUUAACCAGUUUGUGAUACGGUCACAAGGCACGUAGGCUCUGCAUCGACCACACUUUUAUUUACGACAUAUGCAGUCCUGGUAGCAGGAGAAGAUGUUCAACAAGUCAUUUGGUGCUCCCUUCGGGGGAGGGACGGGAGGAUUUGGCACUUCAUCUAGUUUUGGUCAACAAAACACUGGCUUUGGGGCUGCAACAGGUGGUUUCGGGGCCUCUGCGUUUGGGGCGACCAACAACUCUGGAGGACUCUUUGGGGCAACACAAAAUAAACCAGUGGUGACAGCCAAUCCUCAGCAAAUCCACACUGGUGCAGGUAGAGGAGGUGGCCUGUUUGGUUCCAGUACGUUCAGCCAACCUGUGACAUCGUCUACCAGUAGCAGCUUUGGGUUUGGUGCAGCCAGCGGCACGUCCACCAGCUUGUUUGGCAGCACCAACACCGGUGGUGGUGGACUCUUCUCCCAGCAGAGCAAUGCCUUUGGAGCCGCCAAACCAGCUUCUUUUGGCACUUUUGGCACAAGCACUGCCAGCAGUGGGGGGCUGUUCGGGGCAACCAACACAAACUCCAACCCCUUUGGAGGAGCAUCUGCCUCCCUGUUUGGUGCUUCAGGAUUCACCCAACAGGCCGCCCAGCCAGGCACCACCGUAAAGUUCAAUCCUCCGACAGGAAGUGACACUAUGGUCAAAGGGGGUGUAACCACGAGCAUCAACACCAAGCACCAGUGCAUCACGGCCAUGAAGGAGUAUGAGAACAAAUCACUGGAGGAACUGAGGUUGGAGGACUACCAGGCAGGGAGGAAGGGACCCAGUAACCCUAUGGCUGCACCAACUGGUGGUCUGUUUGGGGCUGCAACUGCAGCCACCCCUAGUACAGGGGCUGCAGGGCUGUUUGGAUCUUCUGCCACCAACACAGGUUUCUCUUUUGGCCAGGCCAAAACUUCCUUUGGCACCAGUUCAGGUGGCUUUGGUGCUGCUACAGGCAGUCUAUUUGGUCAGCAGCAACCUCAGCAGGCCCAGCCGGUAGCCGGUCUGUUUAAGCCCUUUGGCCAGGCCACGACUGCCCCCAACACAGGCUUCUCCUUUGGCCACACCAGCACCAUGGGCCAGCCUCAACAAACCAGUGCCAUGGGAGGUCUGUUUGGUGCCACAGCAGCGUCCCAGGCAGGUGGUCUGUUUGGAAACACAGCGCAGACCACACCAGCUACAGGCUUUGGGACAGGCACAGGACUGUUUGGACAAACCAACACGGCUUUUGGCAAUGUUGGCACACAGCAGAGCUUGUUUGGUAAUAAGACCGCAGGGUUUGGUGCAACCACCACCAGUGCCCCGUCCUUCGGCACCGGAACUGGCCUUUUUGGUAGCAAACCUGCCCUGACCCUUGGAACUGGCACGAACACAUCUAACUUUGGUUUUGGACCCACUGCUGCUGGGGGAGGCCUCUUUGGGAACAAGACUGCAGCAGGAGGUCUAGGAACAGGGUUAGGAGCUGGCUUUGGAGCAGCAGUGGGUACUGGGCCAAUGUCUCUAUUUGGGAAUAACAAGACACUAACUUCAAAUCUGGGAACAAUGGGAGCAUUCGGAAACCAGGGAUUCACCACAGGAACCAGCACUCUGGGCUUUGGAGCACCUCAACAACCUGUUGCGCUGACGGACCCAAACGCGGCGGCGGCCCAGCAGGCAGUGCUGCAGCAGCAGAUCAAUGCUUUGGCCUAUUCUCCCUUCGGAGACUCCCCCCUCUUCAGAAACCCCCUGUCUGAUCCCAAAAAAAAGGAAGAGCGACUUAAGCCCACCAAUCCGGCAGCCCAGAAGGCUUUGACGACACCCACUCACUAUAAGUUGACGCCACGGCCUGCGACACGUGUGCGCCCCAAAGCUCUGACCUCAUCAGGCUCCUCAAAGUCCCAACUGUUUGAUGGACUGGAUGACGAUGAGCCUUCUCUAACCAACGGUGCCUUCAUGCCCAGGAAGAGCAUCAAGAAACUGGUGCUGAAGAACCUGAACGGCAGCAGCUUGUACAGCAGCCCGAUCAACAGAGACACAGAUGACCUGGGCUCUCCACCAGAGUACCCCCUCAAUGGACUAAGUGCCAGUGUGGAUGAGGACGAUGAUGUGAGGGAAGUGGUGGAGGCGGGUAUAGAGGAUGACCUGGAAAUCAACAAGUUCUACACUAAUCCCAUUGCCAAGCCCGUUCCCCAGCCCAGCCUACAAGACACUAUCUCAGAGCUGAACGCCCAUCGGGUGGGGCAUGGGGGUAGGAACGGCCUGGAGGUGAGUAGCGAGGAUAUAUCCCUGGGAGAGGACUCCAUACAGGAGGAGCGAGAGGAGGUGGAACAGGAGGCGGCCCCACACCCUGCUGGUAUUCUUCUGAGCCGUGUGGGCUACUACACCAUCCCCGCUAUGGACGAGCUGGCUAAGAUGGUGGAUGAGAAUGGAGAGUGUGUGGUGGAGAACUUCACCGUGGGCCGAAGAGGUUACGGCUCAGUGUUUUUCCAUGGUGAGGUGAACGUGACGGGGCUGAACCUGGAUGAGAUUGUUCACUUCAGACGUAAAGAAGUCAUCAUCUACCCUGACGACAAGAACAAGCCGCCUGUUGGGGAGGGGCUGAACAGGCGAGCAGAGGUGACUCUAGAUGGGGUGUGGCCUAACGAUAAGACCACCUGUACUCAAAUAAAAAGCCCUGAGCGCCUGUCUGAGAUGAACUACGAGGGCCGCUUGGAGAACGCCUCACGCAAACAGGGCGCACGCUUCCUUGAGUACCGCCCUGAGACGGGCUCCUGGGUGUUUGAGGUGGCCCAUUUCUCCAAAUAUGGCCUACAGGACUCUGACGAGGAUGAGGAGGUCCCUUUAAAAGUGGAUCCCAAGAAGCUAAAGACUGCUACAGCAAUUCCUUCGGGUCUGCAGAAGCUUCCUCCUUCCCAGCAGCAGGUGGCGCCACAGGCUCAGUCCACGGGCGUGCUAGAGCUGCUGAGUCGUGUGUCAGAGGUGGACAGUGACAUGGCAGACAUUACACAGGACGCUCCUGGGGACAGCUUGCUGGAGGAGGAAGGGGAGAGUUGCGUCGCGGAUGAGAAAGGGAUUCGGCUGGGAACUGUGACUCCGAUGGAGCACAACCCUGUCUCAGCUUCCAGUCAAAUCGCCUCCUCUCUGGGGAUCAACCCUCACACGUUGCAGAUAAUGAAGGCGUCUUUGUUUGCUGAGGAUGAUGAUGGGGACAUGUUCCAGGAGCAGGGAGGAAAGAAAAGCUAUGUAUCUGAGGCCUCCCCUCGUAUCCUUCUGCCUGGCAUGCAAGGCCGUCCCUCCAUUGGUGGGCUCCUGCAGACUCGUUUUAGUGGUGCAAGUCUUUUCUCUCAGCUCCCUGAGGUGUCCUUUGGAGGUGGCCUUCCCGGGAGGCUCUCUGUGUCUCGGGUGGCUGUGCCUGAACCGUCACGGCUCUCCCCGUGGCCCUCGCUGGGAACCUCCUUGCUUUUGCCCGCCCCAGCGGCGGAGGCCACUGUACGGACGGUGGGGGCUCGACGCCUGGGUGGCCCUGUGGCCUCAGACCACUCUGUCACACUGGGCAAGGGCCGUCUUCUAAUGGAUGCGGCUUUGUUCAUGGGCCAGUCGUUCCGGGUGGGCUGGGCUUCCGGCUGGACACUUGUCCACUGUGGAGACAGGCUGAGUGGGCCUGGGGACAAGGUGCAGGACCAGGGAGAUUUCGGAGCUGGGGGCUUUGGAUUCUUGGCCAAAACUGCGAAGAGCAAACCACUGUCCGACAGUCCAUUCAAGGUGGUGAUUGAGAAGGUGGUUGGCCUGGUGCCGCGGGACAGUGAGGAGAGCCAGGCGGUGUACCAGCGGCCCCUGGAGAUUGGUCUAAAGCACAGCGACAUCAGUACCAAAGGGUCCUGCCCCUUCAUUCAGCCCCAGAGUGGGGUGGCAGCCCUGCACGAGUAUGCAGAGUGGAUCACUAACCUCAACCAAGAGGCUGGUGCUGGCGACUCUGUUCUGGGUCACUGGGCUCAGGUGUGGACUCUUUGUGAGGCCUUGUGGGGGCAGCUGAGCUCAACUGAGAACGAACCUGGUACCAGUGGCUACUUGGAGCAGCUGCAAAGGAGGAGGAGCUUCUCAGCCUGGCUGUCCCACAGCGCCUCCCAGAGAAUCGAGCAGGAAGUAGGCCUGAACAAGGGGGGAGGACACGUGGAGGCCAUCUUCAGCUACCUGACUGGACACCGCAUUAGUGACGCCUGCAGGCUGGCCCAAAAGAGUGGGGACCACCGCCUUGCGCUGCUGCUGUCCCAGGCUGCAGGGUCUCAGUUUGGCCGGGAGCUUCUGGUGCUUCAGCUUGCGGACUGGAACCGGAUGCAGACAGACUCAUUUCUGCAAGAGGAGAGGCUUCGCAUCUUCGCCCUGUUAGCAGGGAAACCUGUGUGGCAGUCUACAGACUGUGUGGUUAAUGUUUGUUCGGAGCUGGACUGGAAACGUUGUCUGGCUGUCCACUUGUGGUACAUGUUACCUCCAACCGCCUCCAUCGCUGAUGCCCUGGCCAAGUAUGAGGUUGCCUUUCAGGGCACUGAUGAAGGUCAAAAGUACGCCUGCGCCCCCCUUCCCCCUUACCUUGACCAAUCAGAACAGCUGGACAUGGAAGAGGAGGACGAAGAUAAAAGGCCGCUCUACGACAUCUGCUUUCACCUUCUCAAACUCUACAGUGACCGGCAUUACAGCCUGCAGCAGUUGUUGGAUCCCCUGACAGUGACACACGAGCGUCUGGACUACCGUCUCAGUUGGCACCUGUGGUCGGUCCUGCAGGCACUGCACUACACACACCUUGGCCUCUCCCGACAGGGCCUUAUACACACCAGCUAUGCUGCCCAGCUGGAGAGUGCUGGCCUCUGGGACUUGGCCAUCUUUGUCCUUCUGCACAUACCUGACGACACGCUAAGAGAGCGUGCAGUAAGGGAGAUGCUGCAUCUUCAUUGCCCCCUGCUGGAGACAGAACAGUCUGCCAAGAAGGAGCGCUUCCUCACGGAGAGACUACUGAUUCCGGAACAGUGGCUCCACCAGGCCAAGGCUACCAGAGCCAGAAGAGAGGCUGACAGACACCGAGAGGCACUGCACCUGUAUAGAGCAGGCCACUGGAACCUCUGCCACCGUCUGGUCAUACAGCACCUUGCUUCAGACUGUAUCAUUAAUGACAACCAUGACUAUCUGUUGGAGUUCCUGGAGGGGCUGGCUGUUUCUGAGCGCAGUGCUCUAAUCCAGGACUGGGACAUGGCAGGCAGAGUCUACCUGGAUUAUAUAAGAGUCAUACACACCCUACAAGCCAUACAACAGAUGGACAGUGCUGGUUAUGAGCUGGAGCGUCUACACACUGACGUGACGUCACUCUGUAGCAGGGUAGAGCUCCUCCCGUGUUCCACCGCUAAGGACCGCCUUGCCCAGUCAGAGAUGGCAAAACGUGUGGCCAACAUUCUGCGCGUGGUGUUGAGUUUGCAGCAGGGUGGUGAGGGUGGCGAGAUACCCCUGUCCCAGCUAGCUCCCCACAUUGGACGUCUGCCCAUGCCCGAAGACUAUGCCCUUGAGGAGCUUCGCAGUCUCACUCAAUCUUACUUGAGGCAGCUAAUUGUCAGUUAAUGAUUUUGUCCAACCACACCCCUCUGCCCAGUCUGGACUAAGGAUUAUUUUUUUUUAAGCAAAUGGAGGGGACUAGCCAGGACUGUUUAGAAGGACUGCAGGACUUGGUUGAGAAUGGCAGCAGUGGACUUGAAGUGUAUCUCAUGCUCCUUUAUGGCUUUGACUUCCCCUGAAGAAAAUGGCACAAGAGUAUUGGGUGACGCAUUCCUGUGUGUAUGUUUUUGUGGAAAUUAAAUACCUUUUCUUUUCAUUAUUUUUUGUAAUGGCUUUUGUACUUAGUGGAAGCCCGAGGUGUUUGCUUGUAUAAGAUGUGUGCUUAAAUAUUGAACUGCUGAACCCUACUGACAAAGGAUUCUUUCCCAACCUUUGGCCCUGUUUAAAGGGACACUCAUUUGGUGCUGUGUGUUAAUGCCACACAGUUAAUCCGUUUCCACUAUUUAUGCAUUCUGCCAAAUGCUUGUUUGGUUUUUGCAUCCCAAUAUCAAAAUAAAGUCUUAUCAGAUUAUUUACCAUAUUUCUUUUAGGAAGUGGAAUAGCACACAACACCUGAUGAACUGUCAAUAUGUGUAUACAUGGGGAAGAUAUAUAUAGCUUACAGUAGAGGGGACUCAUUUUAAUGUUGUAAUAUUGUACAAACAGAAGGCUUGAAAUGAACAUCUGUUUUUGGAUACCAAAAGAGAUCUUAAGAGUCUAAAAUGAAAAUAGGUUAACUUCUAUUUUUGUAGUAUUUUGUUUUGCUAAGAGCGGUAGCAUGUGAGUAUUGGAAUGAAUAGAAAAAAUGCAUUGUAAUUAGCACUUGAUCAAAGAUAUUCUUUCAUUUUCCUAUUUUAGUGCGACUGUUCUAUUCGGGCUGUCCGUUCAUUGGUGAUUGGUGAUAUUUUUCUUGUAAGCAGCCACCCAUCAGAAGUCAAUUUGUUUUCUCUGUGAUCCUUGUAAGGAGUUUGAUUACGAGAUAUCAUAUAUUUUAAAUAUCGUUUGCAAUUCCCCUGUCCUUGCUCUCUUUGAUCUUCCUUACACCCCAGUUUUCUGAAUUUAGAUGUUCUCUUUGAAGAGAAACGGAUGAAUGUGGUUUGGUGUGUGCUGCCACAGUAUGUGUAUGGCCUAGACCACUCCCCUCAUGCACAGUGCCUUUGAUGAGGACGGUCUCCAUACUUCUGUUGCCGCCUGUGCUCUGCAUGAUUGUGAUAUUGUUUUUAUUAAAGUCUGAAUAAAAUGCA